AUGUCCCUGCACGGCUACGCCCCGCCUCCAGUAGAGACUGUUUAUAACGGAGAACAAAAAAGCAAAGAAGCAGAUGGGCAGCCUGCAGAUUUAAAAAAAAUGCUUGUAGAUAUGUUGGCCCUUAGUAACUACAUAUAUUUUAUGUUUACAGUGGGCUGCAGGAUGUCAUGGAGAGGGAUCAAGAGCAAAGGAACAGUGAGACCAGAGGCGGUAGCCUGGGGGGUGCACGUGCUCCUCAUGUUAUCUACAGUAUGCUCUGCAACCUCCUUAUAUAAUGACCCUGUGCAGUGUGAUGUGGCCCCUGACAGCCGGUUUGACUGCGCCCCAGAGAAGGUUCUCACAAAGGAACAGUGUGAAGCCCGUGGCUGCUGUUACUGCCCAACAGAGAACUCUCCAGGCAUUGGGCAACCAUGGUGCUUCUUUCCACCCUCAUACCCAAGCUACAAGAUGUCCAACCUGUCCCAAACAGACACUGGGCUCAGAGCCACUCUCACCCGCACCUUCAACACAUUUAUGCCCAAGGAUGUAAUGACCCUGCAACUGGACGUGCACUUUGAGACAGAGGGACGACUGCACUUUACUAUUAAGGACCCAGCUCAGAAGCGUUAUGAGGUUCCCAUCAAGACCCCACAAGUCAGUGGGAAAGCAGCCAAUACCCUAUAUGAUGUCCAGUUCUCCUGUGACCCGUUUGGCCUUGUUGUGCUCAGGAAAUCUAAUGGACUUGUCUUGCUGAACACCACCCUGGCUCCUCUGCUGUUUGCUGACCAGUUCCUGCAAAUCUCCACCUCUCUUCCUUCCCAUUAUUUAUACGGACUGGGGGAACAUCUCACCUCCAUCAACCUGGACCUCAAGUGGAACCGACUCACGUACUGGAAUAGAGACCUGAUUCCUACGAGGGAUUCUAACCUGUAUGGAACCCAUCCCUUCUACCUGUCAUUGGAAAAAGAUGGUUCGGCCCACGGGGUUUUCUUGCUUAACAGCAAUGCCAUGGACAUUCUCCUACAAGCCAAUCCUGCACUGACCUGGAGGACCACUGGAGGGAUCCUGGACUUUUAUGUCUUUCUAGGGCCUGAGCCAAAGACUGUGAUCAGACAGUAUCAGGAUGUCAUUGGAUUGCCCUUUAUGCCUCCUUACUGGGGACUUGGAUUCCAUUUGUGCCGCUGGGGCUAUAGCACAUCCAGUGUAACUCGUGAGGUGGUGAAAAAGAUGCAAGAAGCGCAAAUGCCCCUGGAUGUCCAGUGGAAUGAUAUUGACUACAUGGAUGGAUAUCGGGAUUUCACCUAUGACCCAAAGAGAUAUGGGGAUUAUCCUCAGAUGGUGAAGGACUUUCAUCAGCAGGGCAUAAAAUACGUCAUGAUUGUGGAACCGGCCAUCAGCAGCACCACCCCACCUGGUACUUACCCACCAUAUGAUGAAGGAAUAAAGCGAGGGGUGUUCAUCAUGAAUGAGACUGGGCAGCCACUAGUAGGGAAGGUCUGGCCUGGGCCCACGGUGUUUGUUGACUUCACAAACCCAGAGACGUAUGACUGGUGGUAUGAGAUGGUGCAGAAGUUUCAUGAUGAAGUGCCGUUUGAUGGGAUGUGGCUUGACAUGAAUGAACCAGCUGACUUCGUUCAUGGCUCCAUUGAUGACUGCCCAAAUAAUGAACUGGAAAACCCACCAUAUCUUCCAGCGGUUGUUAAUGGUGCACUAAAAGACACAACUAUCUGCGCUUCCAGUCGCCAGCACCUGUCUUCUCACUACAACCUGCACAACCUGUAUGGACUUACUGAGACUAUUGCUUCUCACCAUGCCUUGGUGAAAGUUCUGAAGAAGCGACCCUUUAUCAUCUCUCGCUCCACAUUUGCAAGUCACGGACAUUAUGCUGGGCAUUGGACAGGAGAUGUACGGAGCACUUGGGAGCAUCUGUAUUACUCUGUACCAGCUAUACUCCUGUUUAACAUCUACGGCGUGCCACUGGUUGGGACUGAUCUUUGUGGUUUUGUGGGUAACGUCACUGAGGAGCUAUGCGUGCGCUGGAGUCAGCUAGGAGCAUUCUAUCCUUUUAUGAGGAACCACAACACUGAGGAUGCGCAAUCCCAGGAGCCCUUUGUGUUUAGCCAGCAGGCUCAGACGGCAAUAAGGACGGCUCUGAUCAUGCGCUAUUCACUGCUGCCCUAUCUCUACACGCUAUUUCACAAGGCUCACACAACAGGGGAGACGGUUGCUCGAGCUCUCUUUAUUGAGUUUCCGUCAGACCCUAACACUUGGACAAUUGACCGCCAGUUCCUGUGGGGGGAAGCUCUGCUGAUAACUCCUGUUUUGGAACAGGGGAAAACCGAAGUGAAUGGAUACUUCCCUUUUGGCACAUGGUAUUCUCCAGAGUCGGGCACAAUUCUUCAAAGUAAGGGUGAGUGGGUCACCUUACCAGCCUCACUGCAGACCAUAAAUGUUCACAUCAGAGGUGGCUACAUCAUACCUGGUCAGUAUCCGGGUAUGAACACAGAGGAAACACGCAAGAACCCACUGGCACUGAUAGUAGCCCUUAAUACUGAGGGAGUUGCCCAUGGGGAUUUAUACUGGGAUGAUGGGGACAGUCUAGAGACAUUUGAGAGGGGGGAUUACACACAGGUCAUCUUCCUGGCUACAAACAACGUCCUGCUGAGUGAGGUUAUCAAGCUCAACAGUCAGGCAGAUGGCCUAACCAUAGGAUUUGUAUCUGUUUUUGGAGUAUCCAGCCCUCCUGCAAAGGUGCUAGUUAAUGGGGUUCCUAAUGACUUCUCCUACCGUCUGGAUGACAAGGUGCUGAGAGUACGAAAUCUUUCUUUGCCAAUAAGCGAGCAGUUUCUGAUCAAGUGGUCCUGAGGAGGGGAUCCUGUCUGUAAUUAAUAAAACAAUUACACUUUGACGUAGGAGUUAAAACAUUUGUACUACCCCUAUAAUCCAGAUGUGUUGAUGCAAGACCAAACACAAAAGACAAUAGUGAUUGGAGCACCUACUAUUACACAUCUACCAGAAGAACUUUCAUGAUUUAUCUGGGUGGUGGGAGAGGAAUAUUGGCAUUUGCACUGGACUUUUCAUAAAAUAUUUCUUAACUGAGAAAUGUGUCAAAUAAAAUGUAAUAAUUUACUUUAAA